AUGAGGGAACAACAGCUGCUCUGGUGGAAGCUGGGCGGCUCCUCACCCAUUGUCCUCUGGCCCCAGGUGCUGAGGAGCAGCCCCACCCUGCAGCUUCUUCAGGGCCCUAUGGCUCUCAGUGACGGAUUCUGUCAGUGCUCUGAGCUCACAGAGAUGCAUGUGGGAGACAGAUUUUGCGCAGUGCCAUGGAAGUCAGAAGACACUGAAUCCCCAGAAGAUGACACUGGAUCCCCAGCAAAUGACAGUGAAUCCCCAGAAGAUGACACUGGAUCCCCAGCAGAUGACACUGGAUCCCCAGAAGAUGACACUGGAUCCCCAGCAGAUGACAGUGAAUCCCCAGAAGAUGACACUGGAUCCCCAGAAGAUGACCCUGAGUCCCCAGAAGAUGACACUGGGUCCCCAGAAGAUGACACUGGGUCCCCAGAAGAUGACACUGGAUCCCCAGAAGAUGACACUGGAUCCCCAGAAGAUGGCACUGGAUCCCCAGAAGAUGACACUGGAUCCCCAGAAGAUGGCACUGGGUCCCCAGAAGAUGACACUGGGUCCCCAGAAGAUGGCACUGGAUCCCCGGAAGAUGGCACUGGAUCCCCAGAAGAUGAUACUGGAUCCCCAGAAGAUGGCCCUGGAUCCCCAGAAGAUGACACUGGACCCCCAGAAGAUGACCCUGGGUCCCCAGAAGAUGACACUGGAUCCCCAGAAGAUGGCACUGGAUCCCCAGAAGAUGACACUGGAUCCCCAGAAGAUGACCCUGGGUCCCCAGAAGAUGACACUGGAUCCCCAGAAGAUGGCACUGGAUCCCCAGAAGAUGACACUGGAUCCCCAGAAGAUGACCCUGGGUCCCCAGAAGAUGACAUUGGGUCCCCGGAAGAUGACCCUGGAUCCCCAGAAGAUGACACUGGAUCCCCAGAAGAUGGCACUGGAUCCCCAGAAGAUGACACUGGAUCCCCAGAAGAUGACACUGGGUCCCCAGAAGAUGACACUGGAUCCCCAGAAGAUGACACUGGAUCCCCAGAAGAUGACACUGGAUCCCCAGAAGAUGGCACUGGAUCCCCACAAGAUGACACUGGAUCCCCGGAAGAUGACACUGGGUCCCCGGAAGAUGGCACUGGGUCCCCAGAAGAUGACACUGGGUCCCUGGAAGAUGACACUGGAUCCCCGGAAGAUGACACUGGGUCCCCGGAAGAUGACACUGGAUCCCCGGAAGAUGACACUGGAUCCCCGGAAGAUGACACUGGGUCCCCAGAAGAUGACACUGGGUCCCCAGAAUAUGCAUUGGAUCCCCUGGAGCUGGAAUCCUCUGCGAGCCCUGGGCUGUGGAGAGCAGGUGUCCAGGCCGUGACUCAGGCUGUGGCUGAGCUGCUGUCUCCUCUUGGAACAGCUCCUCCUGUGCCGGUUUUAAGCAUGAGGCAGUCCUGA